GUUGGCAGCACCAUUGAAACAAUGCACUAAAAAUGGGCCACGCGCAAUUAGCUUCAAGACAUCUGGUCACACUGCCGCUACUUUAUAUGUGAAUCGUUGACAAAUUUGUGGCAAGCUCCACAGAAACAUAAACAAUUAAAAAUGGACAGCAACAACGACCUGUCGGAGGAGUUAAUACGACGUCUCAGCGCUGGUGGUGGCCUGGAGGAAGUCAUCGCAAGCGAGAUUUUCGAGGAGCAGAAUAUCUACGAGGAUGGCAGCUGCGAUGUGGAAAAUGAACCCGAUGACAUUAUCAUUGUGCACAUGGACAUCAGGGAACCACUGAGCACACUCAAAAAGAUUGUGGAGCAAAAGAUUGGCGUCGAGCUGAACUAUUACACAUUCUGGCUGCAGGAUGCGCAGGAGCUGGAGCCGCACAAGAAUCUUGUCGAUCAGUGUGUCAAAGGCGAGGGAUUAGUUCAAAUCAACGUGCAAAUUCAAACGAUACGCAAGAAGAUCAACAUUGCCGAUGUGCUCAAGCCAACGGAAGCUGCGCUGGCCACACUUGCCGUGGAGGACACUAGCUGUGCCCAGGACACAAAUAGCAGCAGCAAGAGCUGCUCUUCCUCCAGCGGCAGUCCCAGCAAGACAAUACCCUCGAAUAAGAAACGCAAACUCAAAGAUGAAUCCUUCGAUGUUGAUGUCACCGAUGAGGACAAGGAUGCAGAUGCAGAUGCCGAGACGGAUGCAGAUGUUGAAGUGGCCAAACCUGUGCUCAAUUGGGUGCUUGAUAGCAAAUUCAAGCGGGAGCAAGUGCGUCUCAAGAUACCCGAGGCAGUCAGCGAUUGGACGCCGGCGCAUGUCGCCCACUGGUUGGAUUGGGCCAUCAAAGAGUUUGAUCUGCGCGACAUCAACAUGGACACGUGGCAAAUCAGCGGGCAGGCAUUGUGCGCCAUGAGUCACGAGCAGUUUAGUCGUAAGCUGCCCAAGGAUCCAGGAAAUGUGUUCUGGACGCAUCUGCAGCUGCUCAAGGAGUGCAAUUUCGUCUCCGUGGUCCACAAACAAGCCGAGGAGCUGCGUAAGCCCAAACCAGCCAAAUCAGGAACAGGCUCUGCUCAAACAGCUGCAGCUGCUGCUGCUGCUGCUGCCAGUCUGGAGCAGCGCAUCAUGCGCAAAUCCUAUCAAAGCGUAAAGAGCACAGACUCCUCGGAAGGCUCGUCGACGCCGCAGAGUCCGAGUCACCACAACAGCAUUGGAUCCGGCAAUAAUGGUCAGGUGCAGCUGUGGCAGUUUUUGUUGGAGAUACUCACGGACAGCGAACACACGAACAUCAUCGAAUGGGUGGGCACCGAUGGCGAGUUCAAGCUAAGUGAUCCGGAUCGUGUGGCACGGCUGUGGGGCGAGAAGAAGAACAAGCCGGCGAUGAACUAUGAGAAGCUGUCACGUGCCCUGAGAUACUAUUAUGACGGCGACAUGAUAUCGAAGGUGUCGGGCAAGCGAUUCGCCUACAAGUUCGACUGUGAUCUGAAGCUGUUGAUUGGCUACGAUGCCAGCGAGCUGUCCCGUUUGGUCAACGAGCGCAAGUGGGCCGAUCAUCUGCAGACUGUGCACAAGGAUGCCAUGAGCAAUGAGGAGACAUGACAUGACAACGUGGAGCAGAAGCAGGAGGAGAAUAUUGCUAUUAAGGAGGAGCCAUUCAUAUUGUGGAAAUAUGAGGCGCCGUAACGCUGGCUAAAAAUGAUAAUUGUUAGCCGUACGUUGAGAGGGCAUUUAAAUAGUUUUAGGCACAUGAUUUUAUUGUUCAUC